AUGCAAGAACCUAUUGCUACUCUUUUCUCAUCUCAAUCAAUCGAACUUAAGAAGACAAUUCAUGAAGCUGAAGCUGGUGAUGAUGAUGUUAUGGUUUCGUUCACUAAUUUUCAGUUCACUCCUAAAGAAGAAGAUAUACCUAAUGAACUAAUCAUAAAUUUUGAUCAUGAAAUCUCUAAACUUCAUAAGGUGGCGAGAGAGCAUCAUGAACUCUUUGUGAAACAAGUGUCUGAAAUGAAAGUUGCACUUAAGCUCCAGGUUAAUGAGCUUCGAACCUUGAUGGCUAAAGAAGUUAAGAAGUUAGAUAAUAACUACAAUUUGAUGCAUAAAAAGGUGGAUCUCAUAACCAAUGCAACUACUCUCCUAAUAGAAUAUACUACUUCCUUCAACAAAGAAUAUUCGAAAGAUCACAAAGUCAAGACUGAAAAGGAGGACAAGUCAAGUAACAAGGAAGAUCUGGUCCAAAUCCUAAAUUUGGUACUUUGGCAACCAACAAAUUCUCCACAUUCUAUGAACUUCUUGCAAGGGGGAGAUAUUGUUGUUGGUGUUGGUUCGUCUAAGGGAUCUGGUGAAGAUACAUGA